ACAUUAUUUUAAAUUUUUAAACCGAGGAUCUAUAUUUCGAGUGUUCCAUAAAUUUUUUGUAUUUGGGCGAUUCCUAUAUGUCAAAUUCAUCGUUUCUGGCAACACCAUCCCGUAACACUUGCCUGCACUUGGUUUAGUUGUCCGUUGUUUUUUGUUUGACAGUUGCUAUUUUGUGUUUUUCUUCUUUUCCAAAAAUAGUGAACAGCACAUAGACAAAAAUUUGGAAACGAAAAACUUUAAUUUCACUUUCACUACGCUAAACAACUAUUUCCGUUUUGCCGAAGAACAAAAGCCGCCAAUUUGCAAAGUAUUCAUCUUUUGUUAUAAUCCAAUUGUAGGACGCACAGGCAUACUGAAGCAAUGUCUACAAUACGUACUGCUUUGCAAGAGACAACCAAGGCAGAGGAGUAAAAGAAAUUGUUGAAAAUAUAAAACAGUCAGUAAAUGAUUAAGUACGUAAAUUGAGGUGACCAACGACUGCAGUCGAAGCGCGGGUGUUCAAUUGUACUUAAGUACAACUAGUGCGAUAGAUAGUAAAUUGAGUGUUAGUAAUUUUGUAGCGUAAAUAUAUAUUAGCUAUUUAAGAGAAUUUUUAAGAAUCGCAAGUUUCGAAAGUGGCCCCGAGUUUUACAAGAAAUUUGGAGCACCACUUACUAGAUGUGUGCGCAAUCUAUGCAAAGUCAAAACCUGACCAUCAACCUAUAGCUAGCCCUCAGAACAAGCACACAAAUUUAUACCGAAACAGUUCAUGUCAGCAGCAAUGGGCAAUUAUGAUGGUGAGAGUAAAAAAUCAACAGCCUUAGGCAGUUGUAUGGCGGCACUAAAAUGGAUACCAGUCAUAUUCAUCGCGGCUGUGAUCGCAUGGUCCUAUUAUGCGUAUGUGGUGUCGCUUUGCUUACUAUCCAUCGAAAACGUCUUUGAACAAAUUGUUUUUCUGAUAUUUUAUCAUAUAAUAUGUGUGUUAUUUUUCUGGUCCUAUUGGAAAACCAUCUUUACGCCAGUCGGUACAGUUCCCGCGAAUUGGCGAAUUCCAGAAGCAGAAAUAGAGCACAUAUUUCAUGCCGACACUCAGGAUCAACAAAAGAGAAUACUAGAAAAUUUUGCCAAGACCCUGCCAGUCACAAAUCGCACACUGAAUGGUUCGGUGCGUUUCUGUGAAAAAUGCAAAAUAAUCAAGCCAGAUCGUGCACAUCACUGUAGUGUCUGUGGUGCUUGUGUACUCAAAAUGGAUCAUCAUUGUCCGUGGGUUAACAAUUGUGUCAACUUCACAAACUACAAAUAUUUUGUACUCUUUUUGGGCUAUGCGUUACUUUAUUGCCUUUAUGUGGCCUUAACAUCGUUGGAGUAUUUCAUACGCUUCUGGCGGGGCGAUUUGAAUAGCGGCAUGGGACGGUUUAACAUAGUGUUCCUGUUCUUUGUGUCGAUAAUGUUUGCAAUAAGCUUGGUGAGCCUGUUCGGUUACCAUGUCUACUUGACGCUUAUGAAUCGUACAACGUUAGAGGCUUUUCGAGCGCCAAUAUUCCGUAUUGGUGGUCCAGACAAGAAUGGCUUCAAUUUGGGUAAAUACGCCAAUUUCCAGGAAGUGUUCGGUGAUAACUGGAAACUGUGGUUUUUGCCAGUCUACACGAGUGUCGGCGAUGGAUUGACGUACACAACUCAAAAACAACAUCAGAUGCAGUCAUACGACUCCAUGGGCGAUACCACGCAGCGAACCAGCCAACAUGAGUUGCUGCGCGAAGACGAUACACUGCCAUUGAAUAUGACUGGCGCCGCUGUCGGCUCAGUAUCUGCGGCUUCCACUGCAACGGUGAAAUCGGUUGGCGCUGGAGUCAAUGGAAUGGUGGCUGUAAUACCAGUUCAGCCGGCACAACCGGUGGAAGCGACCACACCAGCAGCGACCGACAUAGAAGUUUUAGUUGUGCCAACUAUGGACACUGCCAACGGGAAUGUGAUUAUCAAUAUGAGAGACUUAGAAAGCAGAAAUGACGAACAGCAGCAACAACGAAAUAAUCAAAACGUUUAGAAUUAGCUCAAUGUGUGGCUACAUUCAUAUUUAAGUUCGCUGCAGAAUAUCCAACGAUUAGUUAUUUAAAAUUAUAAAAACAAUUAAAGACCGCGACGACUUCAAUUCCGCUUCGAAAUCAAUAGAAUUAAGCCGUUGGAGAACCCCUAAAUAUAUCAUAGUACACCUUUAUGUAUGCCAUUGGAAUUGAGAUAAUUAUGAAGACCAUUGUUGGGCCUUUUUAACUGAUAUUUAUAAAGUUAAAAAAAUAUAAGGAAAUAAAUGGAGUUAAAACGAGACUCUGAAGAUUUUCCAGUACUUUAUAACUGAAUCGUUAAAACCCUACAAUUCCCUUUAUCAGCAUGGAAAAUAUCUUGUUGAUUUUGUUAUUUAGUCUUAUUAUAUUGGAAAUAUUUCCCGAAGUAGUUUUUUUUUUUUUAGUUUUGAGUUGAGGACGAAGGCGUUGACGAAUAUCAGAACGCUGGAAAAUUUUACAAUAUAAACUGCAUUUAAAACUAAACUAAGCAUAUGAUCGCGAAAGAGAAAAGUAGGAAUAUUUGUAAGAUUUUCAAUACAACUAUAUCUUCAUACAUACCUAAUAAUGAUUAGAAGGUCAUAUAUAUAAUAAGUGUGUUUUAAUUUAAUGUUUCAAAAGCAUUUUAAAAUUUCUUAUGAACAAAUGUCUAUCUGUAUAUAUAUAUAUAUGUAUGUAUAUAUUUAUACAUGUGUACAAGUAUGCACUAGAGUAAUUAAUGUUAAGUAAAUGCUUGUUAGAAUAAGCUUUUUAUAGUUUAAUUCCUUUUAGUAUUUUUAUGUUUUACAUUGUAAAAUAUUUUCAUUUAACUCUCACUUUUGCUUUUCAUUGAAGCCUCUUUCAACUUAUUAUGGAAAAAUUGAAAUAGAAAUGGCAUGCAUUGCCAAGUGGUUAAUAGCUCACGCAGCUCAUGACAUUAUAGUGAUACCCUCUUUGACUACCAGUGUCUUUAUUGUAUAAACUAUUAAUUUAUCGAUGUAAUACCCUCAUGCUAAGUGUGUAUAUUUCACUGAAAAAUGUAAUUGGUUCUAUCUAUUUAUCUAUCUACUGCAUACAUACAUACAUAUUGCGUAAUUUUGUAAUACAUUCAAAACUAUAAUAAUAUACUUUUUAAUACCGAAUUCCGUACAAUUAAUUCUUAAAUAUUUUAAAUGUAUUUAGUAGUUUCUUAUUUGAGUAAACGAUGGAAUUAUGCAAAACAA